AUGCAUGUGAAGCUUUCUGCGCCUGAUGCUGGACUUGACAAACCUGUUGAAAACAUUUCUGUGGAGAAUUUUGUGUCUUCACUUCAAGCGCAUCAAGCUCCUGUAAGUAAUGAGAACCUGCAAAGGAUCAUCCUGGAACAUGACAAAAACCGUGAAAGUGUCAUCAACGUAAAUUACUUUUUCAAAGGCCUCAAGUACCUUCAGAAGGCCUUUGUCAUCUCAUCCUACGCUCCUAAGCAGGCUAAGAAGGGAAAGGGUGGCAAGGAAAAGAAGAGUGGCAAAUCUGCCUCAUCAUUGCCCAUAUGCACAAUGCCACCUGAGCAGAUCUCGAUAAGAGAGGACAGUGGACUACCUAACUACAUGAUCGAGAACUACCAGCCGUUCACUGACACCAAACGUUUCAACCCAGACCGGCCUCCAAUUCACCCCAUUGAGAAUGACUUGGCUUGGUAUAUCGAUGAGCCUGAAAAGAUCUAUACCAACAUCAAUUACUGGGUGAAGACUGGAGAUCUAGAAUCUCUCAGCCUGGCGUUUACCCAACAAGUGCCUGUUGAUGUCAAAGAGCAAUUCUUUAAGACGCCACUCAUGACGGCGUGUAGGUGUGGCAACUGCCAAGUAGCUAAAUUCCUUUGGACGCCCCUCCACCAUGAUUGCCAUGCAGGUCGUGUAGACAUUACCAUCAUGCUGGUGCAAUCUGGAGCCGUGGUGGAUGCAGUGGCAAUGAAUGGAGCAACUCCACUCAUGAGAGCUAUUGAAAGCUGUCGAUUCAGCUGUGCAGAGUAUCUCAUCAAAGCUGGAGCCAAUGUCAUGGCAAAAAACAAGAGAGAACAAAAUUGCUUGGACAUCGCUAUAAAUUAUGGCGAUGCGAGAAUCAUUGGCUUGCUCAUGGCCAAAUUCAACAGAAAGGACAAAGAAAGGAAACCAGAACCAACAUUAAAAACACCCUUUUCAGCACAAGAAAAGAUGGGUAUUCGGUCACCAGCACGAUCAGUUUCAGCAGCUGUGAAAAAAGACCUGAGAGACAAUUUCAUAGUUAAGAACCCAAAGUUCACCAUUAGAAGUGGCACCAACAAGUCUGACAUCAGCUUUGUUCCCAAAACCCUUUGGGGAAGACAUCUCACCAACAGUCCACAACACACUAAGAAGAAGGGAACACUUUGACAAAAAGACGACUCGCAAGGACUUCAUACACUUUAACAAGAGCAUCCCAGAGCUGAAUGGGACUGAACGACU